GGCUGCCGGCGGGACGCGGCGGCGGCGGCGGCGGCGGCGCUGCUGUGGUUCCUUUGUGCUUGGGCGGCGGCGGCGGCCUCUCGGGUCCUCCCGGCACGGCCUCUCUGUUCGCCCGCUCGCGGCCUCCGGUGACGGACCAUGUUGGCGGCGGGAGCGGGCGCGGGCGUGGAGGCGGGCUUCUCCAGCGAGGAGCUGCUGUCGCUCCGCUUCCCGCUGCACCGCGCCUGCCGCGACGGGGACCUGGCCGCGCUCUGCUCGCUGCUGCAGCAGGCGCCGCGUGCCCACCUGGCCGCCGAGGACUCCUUCUACGGCUGGACGCCCGUGCACUGGGCCGCGCACUUCGGCAAGUUGGAGUGCUUAAUGCAGCUGGUGAGAGCUGGAGCCACCCUGGAUGUCUCCACCACCCGUUACGCGCAGACCCCGGCCCACAUCGCUGCUUUUGGGGGACAUCCUCAGUGUCUUGUCUGGCUGAUCCAAGCAGGAGCCAGCAUUAACAAACCGGACUGUGAGGGCGAGACUCCUAUUCACAAGGCGGCUCGCUCUGGGAGCCUGGACUGCAUUAGUGCCCUGGUGGCUAACGGGGCUCAUGUCGACCUGAGAAAUGCCAGUGGCCUGACGGCAGCAGACAUUGCUCAAACCCAGGGUUUCCAAGAGUGUACCCAGUUUCUCUUGAACCUCCAGAAUUGUCAUCUGAAUCGUUUCUGUUACAAUGGCCCCUUAAACGGGGGCCGUCCGAGUAUAUUUGCUAAUCACACUAGUGUGGGCGCAAAUCGCAAGAGGUGCUUGGAAGACUCGGAGCCCUUUGGAGUAAAGAAAGCUAGAACCACAGCUCAAAGUGCAGAUGACUCCCUGCCGCUCGUGAACGGCGAGGCGGAAGACGAGGCGGACAAGAUGCAUGUGGACAGAGAGUUUGUACCAGAUGUGAAAAACAGUAGCUCCGUAUCGAAUACACUGACAAAUGGAUGUGUCAUCAAUGGACAUGUGGACUUCCCCUCCACGACACAGCUCGGUGGGAUGGAGAGCAGGAGUGACCUGUGCUCAGCAGGGCCCAAUGGGACUGGCGGUGGGCUGGCUCCAGCGCCGCCGUUUCCGAGCAGCCAGGGUUCUCCCUGUGUUAACGGGACUGCGGAGCCAGAAAAGAGCGCGAGCGUCAACCCGGAGAUGUGCGGCUCUCUGCACCUGAACGGGAGCCCGAGCAGCUGCAUAGCCAGCAGGCCGUCCUGGGUGGAGGAUAUUGCGGAGAACCUGCACUAUGGACACUACCACGGGUUCGGGGACACUGCCGAGAGCAUUCCCGAGCUGAACAGCGUGGUGGAGCACUCCAGCUCCGUGAAGGCGGAGGAGGGGUACCACAGCGCAGUCCUGGGCACCAUGCACCUCUUCCACGGCUCUUAGGGCCGAGGCCGCCUCGCGGACGCGCUGGGCCUCCUGCUGACCCACUCCAGAUCCUCGUGUGGCACCAGCGGGAGGAAUGCCACGACUUGUACUGUUUUUUUUUUUAUAUAUAUACUUUCGCUUUCUGAAAACGUGCUCUCUGGUUUGGCGGGUUCUCAUCGAGUCCUAGCGUGAGUAUAGGUAGGGCUUAUUGAGUGCACAGGUGUCUCUCCGUGGGAUAGCGGGCCUCGUUCAGGAUGCACUUUUGGAAUUUAAUUUUUCUGCUGCCACUCUCAAUAUUUUCUUUUGAGUACCGUCACCAUAAAUUGCCAUGUUUCCUUUCAUCAAAUUGAAUUGUGUCCGAUCAGGAUACCCGGGAGACAGUAAACGAGGCGCCUGGUGAUUGACCCCUCUGCACGUGGGCAUCAUUUUGAAGCGCCUGCUUUUACUCUUCCCUGUAGAAUUUUUGACAGAAGACAACUAGUUCCCUAUGCAAGGUACAGCCUUACAAAGAUUUCUUGCAGUGAUUUGUAUGAAGAAAAGAACAUUUGUCUUUUUCAAAGCCUUUUCAUUGAAGCUUCGCUACCUGCCGUGUGGUGAAGGUCUAACUCGUAGACACACACAGUGGUUUGGGGACGUCAGUGGUCCCUUCUUUACCAGUGUAGCUCACUGCCCUGGAUUUCGCUGAAAGCAGAUGCAGCUUGGGACUGACCUCUGAUGUGAUGUGUUUUUAUUCCACGUUUCCUACUUGGCUCUAGGAUUUUUACCACAGACAACGGUUUCCUUUAUAUGUAGUGGAAGUUACUCUUUGUAGGGACUGUCAGGUCAAAAUAUUUAACUGACUCUUUUGACUUACGUUUUCUUUUCUCCUUGUUUUUGUUUUUUGGGGUUUUCUGCUUUAAAAUAUACACCACUAUGUAUAUCCAGUUAACUGAGAGAAUUUUGAAUCUCUCUUAAUAAAGCUGCAUUAAGUUUAUGGUUUUAUAGAAAUUAGCUUUUGUUUAGGCAACUAGUGGUUACACUGUGCAAAUAUUGUCAUGAAUUUUUACUUUUCUGAUUUUUGUAAUAAAAAUUGGUGAAGAUAGAGGAUGUGUCAGAUGAACAAAACCAGUGUUCUCAGAGUGUUACUAACAUUUUGUUUUUAAACUGUCCUUUACAAAUUGAAUAAAAAACUCUCACACUC